UACAUUAGUAUCGAAAGUUAACCAAAAAAACUAUAAAAUUUAAAAACACAAAUUUAUUUAAAAUAUUACUUUAGAUUAAUGUAAAUUAUAAAAUAUGUGUUUAAAAACAGUCAAUCUCAUAAGAAAAUUCAGUUCAAAAGCAUCAGUCAGUUAUUUUACCACCCCUAUUUACUAUGUGAAUGCAAAACCCCACAUAGGCCAUCUCUAUUCGUCUCUGAUUGCGGACGCGGCUCAAAGAUGGCAGCAGAUAUACCACAAAGGCGCUAAAAUUAAAUUCAGUACUGGAACGGACGAACACGGAACAAAAAUUCAACAGGCGGCCAAGUCUCAUAACACUUCAUUAUCCGGUUAUUGCGAGGGUAUAUCUUCGCAAUAUAGACAUCUAGCUGACCAAUUUACCAUCCAAUAUACCGAUUUUAUUAGGACUAGCGAGGAGAAGCAUAAAAAGACUGUGCAACAGUUUUGGAAUUGUUUAGCAACAAAAGGACACAUUUAUAAAUCGACUUAUCAGGGUUGGUAUUGCAUUUCGGACGAGACAUUUCUGAGCGAUUCUCAAUUAGACAAGGUUGUUAGAAAUGGAGUUGAAACGUUAGUUUCGGCGGAAAGUGGACAUCCUGUAGAGUGGAGCGAGGAACAGAAUUAUAUUUUUAAAUUGAGUUCCUUUAAAGAUGAUUUAGUGUAUUGGUUGACUAGAAAUGAAAAUGCAGUUCAGCCGAAAAAGUUUUAUAAAAUCCUUCUUAAUCUGAUUCACACCGAUGGAGCUUUAUCCGAUAUCUCUGUAUCUCGACCUUCCUCCAGGGUGCAUUGGGGAAUUCCUGUUCCCGGAGACGAUACUCAAACUAUCUACGUCUGGUUAGAUGCUUUGGUAAACUACUUAACUGUUGCUGGAUAUUCUCAAGUACCUGAUACAGAGUUUCAGCAAUGUUGGCCUCCGUAUGUUCAAGUUAUCGGCAAAGACAUAUUAAAGUUUCAUGGUGUUUAUUGGCCCGCUUUUCUAAUAGCAGCUGGUUUGGAACCAUUCCAUACUCUUCUAUGUCACUCCCAUUGGACUGUUGAUGGAGAAAAAAUGUCCAAAUCCAAAGGAAAUGUAAUUGAUCCUUUGGAGAGGUCCCAGCUAUAUUCCACAGAUGGUUUGAGGUACUUCCUGUUGAGAGAAGGUGUUAGUCAUAGUGAUGGCAAUUACAGUGACACCAAGGUUAUUAGAAUACUAAAUUCAGAACUGGCAGACACACUAGGAAACCUCCUUAGUAGAUGUUGUGGAAAAGCACUAAAUCCUUCUCAAACUUAUCCAAGUAUUAACACUGAAGUCCUAGAGAAAAUAUCAAGUUUAGAAGUAACCAAGAAAUUACUCGACAAUUUAAACAAUCUUCCAGAUUUGUGCGAACAACAUUACAAUGAAUUUAACUUCUAUAAGGCAACUGAUGCUGUUAUAGCAACUUUACAUUCGUGUAAUUUAUUCUUUGAAACAUUGAAACCAUGGGAACUGAAGAAAAGGCCAGAAUCUAGUGAAGAGUUAUCCGUUGUUUUGCAUUUAGCUAUGGAGUCGUUAAGGAUUUCGGGAAUUAUUUUGCAACCACUGAUUCCAAAUAUCUCCCAUGUUUUAUUGAAUAAACUGGGUGUUCCGAGAGAAGAGAGGUAUUUUGAAAACUGUAGAGAGUUCUCAUGGACUGACUCGGGUUUUCGUGGAAGAAGUUUAGGAGAAGAUAAAAAUGCGCUUUUUAAAAGGCUUGUGACAGAAGAAACCAAGAAAGUAAAAAUUUCUAAAGUGUAGUUUUAAGAGUAAGAUUAAAUAUUUAUUUGAUAGACGUUUGUAUUAUUUCAUUAAAACAAUCAAUUUAAAGAGAAGUAA